AUGAAAGGGUUUGUGAAGUCGGCAGCCAAGCGGCCAGGACCUGAUGAGGAGGAGGAGGAGCCGCAGCAAAAGGAGCCAGAGACCGAGCGUCCUCAGCAACAGAAAGUCGCCCAGCCAAAGCAGCUGGCCAAGGUGGCGCCCAGCAAGCCUGCAGCUGCCAAGCAAGAGGGGGUCGCAAGCGAUGGUGGUGGCAGUGGCAGUGAUGAUGGCGAGGGUGAAGACGGCCAGCAGACGCGUAACCACAUCCUGCAGCGCCACAAGCGGGAAAUGCUGGCCCAUAAGAAGGCGCUGCAGCGGUCCGGCAAAAAGUCCAAGGACGAGGUCACACGCCUCACAGCCGAUAUUGAGAAGCGCCAUGCGCAGGAGCUGGCAGCUUUCGACGCAGCGGGCAGCGGUGGCAGCAGCAGCGCAGCGGCGGCAAACGGCGGGGGGGCGGGAGGGGCGGCAGAUGCGAGUAGCGGUCCUAGGGGUGGGGCAGCUGCGCCACCAGGCGCUGGCGAGGCUGUUACUGGUGGUGGUGCGGAGCCUCUGAGCAAGUACCUCAAGGGCCUCACCAUUGACAGCGCUGAAGCGGCAGCACAGGCCAGGCGCCCCAGCAAGGCCCAGAAGCGCCGCGAGAAGCAUGCGGCAAAGGACGCGGAGCGCGAGGCGCGCGUUGCUGCGGAGAAAGAGGCCUUGGGUACACCCGAGCGGCUGGCUGAGGAGGCGGCGCUCAAGGCCGUGCUGGCCCCCUUGGGGCUGGGCAUCAAGGAGAUCCGGGCGGACGGCCACUGCAUGUACCGCUCAGUGGAGGACCAGCUCAGGGCCACUGCCCGCGCCGCCAAGGCCAAGGCGGCCGCUGGGGUGGAGGGCCGCAGCGUCAACGUGGGAGAGCACGGUGACGGGGACGAGGGCGAGGGGGAGGGGGAGGAGGAGGAGGAGGUGCCGGAUUACCAGGAGCUGCGGGAGCUGGCGGCGGAGCACCUGCGCUCGCACCGGGGGGAGUUCGCGCCCUACCUGGUACCUGAGGACGAGGGAGAGGACCCUGAGGCCUACUUUGAACGCUACUGCGACGCUGUUGAGACCACCGCCACAUGGGGCGGCCACGUUGAGCUGCAGGCGCUGUCAGGGGCGCUUGGGCGGCGCAUCACAGUGUUCGCCGUGGGCAUGCAGCCGCAGGUGCUGGGGGAGGGGAAGGGCGCAGACGAGGGUCUCACGCUGUGCUUCCUGCGGCAUGCGUACGGCCUGGGGGAGCAUUACAACUCCACCAAGAAGCUGCUGUUCGCACCAGAGGAGGUUGUCGCCGAGGUUGCUGCAGGCGGCGACGAUAAGUGA